AUGCCCACCCACAAGUUGAUCGUUCUUCGCCACGGCGAGUCCCGCUGGAACCACGAGAACAAGUUCUGCGGCUGGAUCGACAUCCCCCUCUCCGAGAAGGGCAAGGACGAGGCCACGCGGGCUGGGGCCCUUAUCAAAGACGCUGGCCUCGAUCCCGACGUGGUGUACACAUCGAGGCUUACCCGCUCGAUCGACACGGGGCUCCGGAUCUUGGACCACUUGAACAAGGCGUGGUUGGACCACCACAAGGUGUGGCAAUUGAACGAGCGCCACUACGGCCAGUACCAGGGUCGCAACAAGCACGAUGUGUUCGUGCUGUUGGGUGAGGACAAGCAAAAGUUCCACUAUAUCCGGCGCGACUACCACGGCACGCCUCCCGCGGUGGAGGGGCCCGAUCCCUGUAUCGACGCCCGCUACAACGACGUGGUCAACCAGGCGGUGUUGCCGCGGGGCGAGUCGCUCGAGAUGGUGAUGAAGCGGGUGAUGCCAUUCUUCAUCCAGGAGGUGCUCAAUCACCAGUUGAUCCAGAUGGACCGCACCGUGCUCGUGGUGACCCACGGGUCGGUGGUGCGGAGCGUGAUCAAGCACUUGAGCCACGUCAGCGACGACGACAUCUCAUCGAUCAACGUGCCCACGGGCGUGCCGCUUGUGUUCGAGCUCGACGACCACGGUGAGUUGGUCAAGGACUACUACUACUUGGACCAGGAGUUGGCUGCAAAGGGCAUAGAGAAGGUGCGCAAUGAGGGCCUCCAAAAAUAG